AGAUCCUUCAAUAGCAAGAAAUAUAUAUUUCAGCAAGUGUACAAGUCACGAUCGGAGAAUCGUGCACGAAAAGCUCUCCGUACGAUCACAUUCAUCCUUGGAGCGUUUAUCAUACUAUGGACACCAUUCUAUGUCAUGGCUACCGUUUAUGGUUUCUGCGAAAGCUGCAAGAACUCACCAUUAUUCAACUUAAUCUAUUCAAUUAGUUACUAUCUGUGCUAUAUGAAUUCACCGCUAAAUCCGUUCUGCUAUGCGAUGGCCAAUCAACAAUUUAAGAAAACGCUCACAAGAAUAUUUAAGGGCGGAUUUAGGUAAGU